GGCAAGGCGGGGAACGCGCAGCGUGGGGCGACGGGCCAGGAGAACUGGAAGAUGCCGAAGGAAAGGAGGCAGCCGCUCACGCAGGUGACGGAGCAGGACGCGGCGGGGAAAACCAAUUGGGCGUCGGACGCGGCGGAGCUCACCCCAGCGAUCAAAGCGCACGCGAAGGUGCUGAUGCCCCACCGCCGGCGCAUCUUGCACGAGAGGAAGGAGGCGGCCGGCACAGGCAUCGGCAUCAAGAACAGGAGCUACCGCGCCGACCCGUUUUUCUCGCCGUCGGCGAAGGAGCGGGCCCAGUUCUCGGCGAGGCGCGCCGAGGCGUCGGACAUGCGCUGCGAGCAGCUGGGGGGAAUCGACGAGCGCGCCCACCUCGACAACAACGACGCCACGGCAUAUUUACGCCAGGCAGCACGCAAGGACUUCGAGAUGACAGCGAAG